GCCUCACUUGGUGGGCUGCGCUGUGAGUGAAUUGAAGCGUUUUGUUUUCCCUGUGUCGGGUCGAGUGAAAAUUUCGUAAUAAUAAUGGCUGAUGAAUACCCAACAAAUUGCAAAGCGGGGGAGCAAUGCCGAGAAGCACAAUUAAAAGAGCCCCUUAUUUUAUAAAUACUCCAUGACACGUCUCAAAAACAAACAAAGAUAUGCGGAAGCUAAAAACAAAGUGCUAAGUAAAGAGAAGAGGAGAGCGUCGUCGCGAUAAGAGCUAGACGAAGAGAGAGGGCAGCCAGUUGUUGAUUGAAAUGUGUGUCAAAAUACCAAUCAGUUGUUUUUGAUAAUGAGUCGUGGGAAGCGGCACGUGUGAUCCGGGUCUCCUAAGUACGAAACAGCCUUUCAUCCACACCUUCGACUAAUUUUGGAUGCAUGCUCACCUGAGCCACUUAGUCGUUAGACAAAAAACUAGCAACAAUAGCAACAAUUCAAAAGCCAAGUCGACGACUGCAUGUGAAAAUUUGCAAAACUGCACUUGUCACCGCCUUUCGGGUCGACGCCAAUCUCAAAGAUACAGUGCCGACAUAGGAAGUACACAGAAAGGCGAAGAAUUUUACGAGAUCACAGCAUUGUGAUCUAGCGCAGUUCAUUCAAAAGUCACGUUGGAAACUGAGUGCUACGAAUCACUUCGUUUUGGAUGCUACAAAUCAUUCGAGUCUUGCAAUGGAAACGGUUCGAACAUAAAAUGUCCCGAGCACUGCGGAUUCGUGCAUUGAAAAGCGUCCUCGUUUCCUAGCUUGCUCCUUGAAAUCUUUCUGAAAAUAGUGCUCCCGAGUACAGACACAGAGAACCCAAAAUCCGCUCCUGUUCCAAUCUUGUUGUGUUAACGACGAUAAGAACAUUUUCGCAAAACCCAGUAGUUGAGGGAAUGAUCUGAGUCGUGGGUCGCUAAACAUCGAUCAAACAUCGGCUGUCACUCGGUUGGCCAUCGAUCUGAGUCCGCCAAUUGAAUCUUGUGAAUAGCUUAGUUAUACACCGGGCCGUAUCAACAGUCGUGUCGGACUGUUGAUACAAUCUCGCCUCUCACGAACACCCAGCCAAGGAGGGGGAGGCGUGAAAUUGUGCCGGUCCCAGUCGCCGAGACCGAUUUGAUAAUCGCACAAUCAGACAGUGCUCAGCAAACCCGGUUGGGAUCCAGACGUAGUCGCAGAAAAGCAUUCCCCAGCAGAACGGAGUCCUGAGGCGCGAAGAUGCAGCCCUUAACGGAAUAUCACUUUGAAGAAUCGCGCAAAAUGCACGGAGUGAAGAGGGUGCUGAUCUUUUGCCUGAUGAUUGUUAUACUGCCGGCCAUACUUAUCAUCAUGCCACUGCACCUACGAAAGACAGUGUUUGCGGAUGUCAUCUACCCCAUGGCGGAGUCGGACAUCAUUGAGAUCCGGGCGGGGAUAUCGUCUAUCUUCUGCUCGAAACACACCCUGCGCAUGAACUCCAAUUUCAACGCCUUCCAACUUCGCAACAAACCAGAGAUCGCGACGAAUCGCAAGCACAUAAGGCUGAAGAAGUCGAUGACACUGCCGGACGACACCCUGGAGUACUGGGGCUUCUUCCUGCUGAAAGGGGCCAAAGUGCAAGUCAAGUUCUGUUCCCGCUUCGACGGAUCGCGAAUUUUGAUCAUCCAUGGCCACAGGCAAUUGAAUCUCUGCGGUCUGACCGAUCACAACAAGAACAAGCAGGACGCCAACUACGCCAAGGGACAUGAACAGGUCCAGGUGUUCUUCGAAGACAACGUAGAGAUCACGGAGGAGAGGGGCAAUCAGGAUAUGCCAAUGGAGCACGAAAACCAUGGUGGAGAGGACUUGAGCGAGGACGCGCCCCAGCCAAAACUUUUGAGAAAGAAGCUCAAGAAGGGCACACUUCACCACAGCUACCCCAACCUGCCUGCAGUAACAGACUUGCAGGGGUCCCAUAACACGGAACACAUAACUAAUCGCCAUCAAAGCUCCAAUCCUCAUGUACACCAUCAAAACCACUCCCCAAAUGGUAUUCCCCAACAGCAGGAUCGGACUUUGAACGUCGCAGAUGAUGAAGCUAGACUCAGUGCCGGGCAACCACAGAACGAAAAUCUCGCAGGGCGCAGUUCCAGUGAAACUCUUCGGGGCUCAGAUGACACGCCGCAUCGCGAACGCCUGAAGCGCCACAACGGGGGAACGCACAGAAGCCAGAAGAGGCAGGAUCUCUACGACACACUCUACAAAAGACCGAAGAGGGAGAACGUGUACGACAGAAAGACCAUCCACGGGGGAAACGCCAUCAACUUUACGGAAACCGACGAGUCCAACUCGGUGUCCAGCUUCGAGACAGGACUGUUUCAGUGCUUCAACGGAAUGAUUCUGCUGCAGGAGUUCUUCAAGCCCAAAAACGAGUGCUCGAACCCGCACAUAAUGGACAGUUCCCCCAACAAGAGUUCCAUGGUCCUGCACAACGUGAUCGAGGACGGCUACUACUACUACAUAUUCUACAGCGACAACGACCACGUGCGAAACGAGAUACACGCCAUAUUCGAUAUUUACAAGCCCACGUACCAGUACUCAAACAUGAGCGAGUCGCAAAGCUGUCUCAACACCACCAGCUGCACCUUCAACAUAAGUUUCCUUUCGGACGAGAUCGUGGUGGUGGAGGUGCCCACGAGGGACGGGAUCGAGCACGAGGAGGACGACAUAACCAACCUGGUCUCCACCUGCCACCCGCGCAGCGAGAUAUACGCGAUAUUCCCCAUCACGGUGCUGGUUUUGAUCCUGUGCUGCUCCUUCCUGUAGUUCUCCUGAGCCCAACGACGCAAAUGCACUAUUGUGAUACUUGUAGUGAGCCUACUACUGGGUGAUACACCCGCAUGUGAGGGUGCAAACGGGGUGGUCGGCCCGAAACGAGAGCUUUUCAAGUAGCCAUGGACACCGACUAUGCACCGGAAUAAACAGUCUGAACAAUUCAUAUUCGUAGUUUGUAAUAGCAUAGGACGCGAGCAUUUCACAGUCUAGGACCACUGGAUUAUUAUAGGAGAGUAAGAGGAGAACAUACAUUGUAUUGUGUAGAAAUAAGUGUAGAUACGAGUACAUUUAAGGAGGAAUGAGGUACUUCAGAGCACUAAUAAAUUUCAUUUCGUGUACAACAUCA